AUGCGCCCCUCCCUCAUUCUCCGUUCUGCGCACCAACGCACCCCCCUCAUAAAAUUUAUUGGAAAACGUUCAGCACCCAAAUCGGUCGACCACACUCCUCACGCCCACCCUGCCUCGCCCACCCACAGUCUCCCUGAAAGCUUCGCCGCCUACCGGUCCAAAGCCCAACAACAUGGUCCUCUAAGGGGUAGCGGUGGCAACGGCGGUGUGCCAUCUUCCUCGUACUCCACUGCCGCUUCCUCGGGCUCGUCCAUGGCAUACGGCGCCAUCGGAGGCACCCCAGGAAGAGCACUGGGGCCCAUUAAACCGAAGCAAGGGGAAUUCUUCGACAGGGAGGAGCUGCCCGCCAGGUUCCGUCGAAAGGCUUGGUCAGAAGAGGAGAUUGAGGCGGUGGGCAGCGGAGGAGCCAGCUUGUUUGGUUGA